AACUGCCAAAAUGCGAAAACCACUUUAGCUCAAGCGAUGCAUGUAAGUUAUCUAUCUAGUCAGCUCAAAGAGAAGUUCUUUUACUUCCUGUCGUGUCUUGCAGAUCCCCCUCUUCCUCCCCCGAGUAUGCUCAAACCUCAUUACACGGAGUCGCAAGAGCGCAAAGUAUCUCUCCUCCGUGUGAUGUCACCGGAGACUCAAUCCAAAUACCCCUCGGCUUCUUUUGCUGGUAUUGACAGUUUCUGUCCGCACUUAUCACAAUCAUCUUGCCCCGAUCCCUUCAGCCGCUCUCGAUCUGCCACGCGAAUGGUGGCACACCCGGAGACUCGCUUUGACGCUUACUGAGUGUCUGCUUUCGGCGGUCUCAAGUGUCACCACAAUCUGUGUGUUUUCUCACCAGAAUGGCGUUCAGCAGCGAUGUCGGCAACAAACCACUCAAGGCCCGUUCACGCGAAGGUCUGCAGCUUAGACCCUUGAAUGUUGAGAAAGGAACAGAUAGAUAUUCUUCGUAUGUAUCUGAUUUUCAGAUCCCACCAUCAUGGUAUGACUGAGCCGAGACUGAACUGGUU